CGUCCGAUGAAACGCGCGUAAACAACACGCACGGCCCGCGUCGUUCCGAACACCCGUGCCGUCGGUGUCUCCAUCAUUUUGAGAACUUGUACGAAACGCAAACCUAUUCGAUAACGACGAGUGUUGCGGGAGGAUUCGCACUACCCCAGCGCGUAGGUGUCCAGGUGACCAUGUCCGGCAAGAGUUCGCUGGAAGUCAGCCGCCUGAUAGCCGAAGUGCACCGGAGGCCCGAGGUCUGGGACCGGCAACACCCGCAACACCACAACAGGUCCGUGCUGGACCAUCACUGGGAGUCCGUGGCCGCUUUGCUCGGCAUCACGGGUAAAGCUGCUCGAGGAAAAUGGAAAAACUUAAAAGACCAUUUUCGUAAAGAGUACAAAAGAUGUAUGACUAGCAUGGAAAGUGAUCAAGAAAUGUCUAGAUGGCCAUAUUUCCAUUCUAUGAUGUUCAUCAAAGAUCAGAUCUCACACACCGUCACAAAUUCAGUAUACUUGACGGAUUUACAGUAUCAAAACAUAUAUCCAGAAGUGGAAUUGAAAGAAGAACUAUCGGAUGAAACAAACCCCUUGAACUGUCUUAACAUUGAGUAUGACAAUCAAAAUUCAGUCGAAAUAAAAUCAGAGUAUUCGAAUCAAGACGAAAAUAUUUCUGACGACAAACAUUUUUUAUUGAGUCUUUUACCCAUGUUAUCUACACUUCCGAUGGAUAAGAAACUCACAGCUCGGAUAGCCAUCGAAACUUCGUUGCUCAACAUAGCUUACCCGGAUCUGAGUAUAGCCGACAAUUCACCCGCUGAACAAAUGGGUACCACUCAAAAAUCAUCUACCAAGACUGAAAAAAGAAAAGGAAUUGCCGAAGAUGAGUGCCAUCCCAGGAAGCGUCCGAUAAACGUGUAAAAAAUUUGUUGAAAUUCAUUUAGUACCUAUAUUUUAUAAUAAAUAAAAAUUAUACAUAUAUAUAA